GCGGAAGAUGGCGACAGCAGCGUCUUAGAGGAGUCGCUGCUUAGGGGGCGCGAGGGGCACGCAGGCCCGAGCCGUGAGAGGAGGAGAUGGAGACCUGGGGAAAUGAAGGUUCUGGUCUCAGGGACUAUCUGACAGCAGCCAUGGCGACCAGCAGUGGGGACAGUGUCACCCGCCGGAGCGUGGCCUCUCAGUUCUUCACCCAGGAGGAGGGAGCAGGCAUCGAUAGCAUGACCACCUCAGAAAGGGUGGUGGAUCUCCUGAACCAGGCAGCGCUGAUCACCAAUGACUCGAAGAUCACAGUGCUUAAACAGGUUCAAGAGCUGAUCAUCAACAAAGACCCCACACUGCUGGACAACUUCCUGGACGAGAUCAUCACCUUCCAAGCAGACAAGUCGAUCGAAGUGCGCAAGUUUGUCAUCGGCUUUAUCGAGGAGGCCUGCAAACGAGACAUCGAGUUACUGCUGAAACUGAUCGCGAACCUCAACAUGCUCUUGAGGGACGAGAACGUGAACGUGGUGAAGAAGGCCAUUCUCACCAUGACCCAGCUCUACAAGGUGGCCCUGCAGUGGAUGGUGAAGUCCCGGGUGAUCAGCGAGCUCCAGGAGGCCUGCUGGGACAUGGUGUCUGCCAUGGCCGGGGACAUCAUCUUGCUGCUAGACUCUGACAACGACGGCAUCCGCACUCACGCCAUCAAGUUUGUGGAGGGCCUCAUCGUCACCCUGUCGCCCCGCAUGGCCGACUCAGAGGUGCCCCGGCGCCAGGAGCAGGACAUCAGCCUGGACCGCAUCCCACGCGACCACCCCUACGUCCAGUAUCACGUGUUGUGGGAAGAGGGCAAGGCGGCCCUGGACCAGCUGCUGAAGUUCAUGGUGCACCCGGCCAUCUCCUCCAUCAACCUGACCACGGCCCUGGGCGCCCUCGCCAACAUCGCCCGCCAGCGGCCCAUGUUCAUGUCGGAGGUGAUCCAGGCCUACGAGACCCUGCACGCCAACCUGCCCCCCACCCUGGCCAAGUCCCAGGUGAGCAGUGUCCGCAAGAACCUCAAGCUGCACCUGCUGAACGUACUGAAGCACCCGGCCUCCCUGGAGUUCCAGGCCCAGAUCACCACCCUGCUCGUGGACCUGGGCACGCCGCAGGCCGAGAUCACCCGCAACAUGCCCAGCAGCAAGGAUGCCCGCAAGCGGCCCCGGGAUGACUCAGACCCCACACUCAAAAAGAUGAAGCUGGAGCCCAACCUGGGGGAAGAUGACGAGGACAAGGACAUGGAGUCGGGACCCUCGGGACCCUCCAAGGCCUCCGCCCAGCUCUCGGGCCAGUCGGACACGGACAUCACAGCCGAGUUCCUGCAGCCUCUGCUGACACCUGACAACGUGGCUAACCUGGUCCUCAUCAGCAUGGUGUACCUGCCCGAGGCCAUGCCCGCCUCCUUCCAGGCCAUCUACACCCCGGUGGAGUCGGCUGGCACCGAGGCCCAGAUCAAGCACCUGGCGCGGCUCAUGGCCACGCAGAUGACGGCCGCGGGGCUGGGGCCAGGUGUGGAGCAGACCAAGCAGUGCAAGGGGGAGCCCAAGGAGGAGAAGCUGCUGAAGCCCGAGAGGCUGGCGGGCGCUGGCGGGCGCAAGAAAAUCUUCCGUCUGAGCGACGUGCUGAAGCCCCUGACGGACGCGCAGAUGGAGGCCAUGAAGCUGGGGGCCGUGAAGCGGAUCCUGCGGGCCGAGAGGGCCGUGGCUUGCAGUGGGGCUGCCCAGGUGCGCAUCAAGAUCCUGGCCAGCCUGGUGACGCAGUUCGACUCGGGCCUGAAGUCCGAGGUCCUGUACUUCAUCCUGGAGGACGUGCGGGCCCGCCUGGACCUGGCCUUCGCCUGGCUCUACCAGGAGUACAACGCCUACCUGGCCGCCGGUGCCACGGGCAGCCUGGACAAGUACGAGGACUGCCUCAUGCGCCUGCUCUCCGGCCUGCAGGCGAAACCGGACCAGAAGGACGGAAUCUUCACCAAGGUGGUGCUGGAGGCUCCGCUGAUCACCGAGAGCGCCCUGGAGGUGAUCAGGAAGUACUGCGAGGACGAGAGCCACACCUACCUGGGCAUGUCCACCCUCCGAGACCUGAUCUUCAAGCGACCGUCUCGACAGUUCCAGUACCUGCACGUCCUGCUGGACCUCAGCUCGCACGAGAAGGACAAGGUGCGCCCAGGCUGCGAGCCCGGUCCCCGCGGGCUGCACUGGACCAUCCGAGGAAUGGGCAUGAACUCCCCGGAACUGCUGCUGCUGGUGGAGAACUGUCCCAAGGGGGCGGAGACACUGGUCACCCGGUGUUUACACAGCCUCACGGACAAAGUCCCGCCCUCCCCGGAGCUGGUGAAGCGCGUGCGGGACCUGUACCACAAGCGCCUGCCCGACGUUCGCUUCCUCAUCCCCGUGCUGAACGGCCUGGAGAAGAAAGAGGUGGUCCAGGCUCUGCCCAAGCUCAUCAAGCUCAACCCCAUUGUGGUGAAGGAGGUCUUCAACCGCCUGCUGGGCACACAGCACGGUGAGGGGAACUCAGCCCUGUCCCCCCUGAACCCCGGAGAGCUACUGAUCGCGCUGCACAACAUCGACACUGUGAAGUGUGACAUGAAGUCCAUUAUCAAAGCCACCAACCUGUGCUUCGCGGAGCGGAACGUGUACACGUCCGAGGUGCUGGCCGUGGUUAUGCAGCAGCUGAUGGAGCAGAGCCCCCUGCCCAUGCUGCUCAUGAGGACCGUCAUCCAGUCCCUGACCAUGUACCCCCGCCUGGGCGGCUUCGUCAUGAACAUCCUGUCCCGCCUCAUCAUGAAGCAGGUGUGGAAGUACCCCAAGGUGUGGGAGGGCUUCGUCAAGUGCUGCCAGCGCACCAAGCCGCAGAGCUUCCAGGUCAUCCUGCAGCUGCCACCCCAGCAGCUGGGCGCCGUCUUCGACAAGUGCCCUGAGCUCCGCGAGCCCCUGCUGGCCCAUGUCCGCUCCUUCACGCCCCACCAGCAAGCGCACAUCCCCAACUCCAUCAUGGCCAUCCUGGAGGCCAGUGGCAAGCAGGAGCCCGAGGCCAAGGAGGCUCCCUCGGGGCCCCUGGAAGAGGAUGACCUGGAACCCCCGGUGGUUGCUCCCCGGCCCCCCCAGGACCUCAUGGGCCUGCGGCUGGCCCAGGAGAAGGCCCUGAAACGGCAGCUGGAGGAGGAGCAGAAGCUGAAGCCGGGGGGCCUGGGAGUCCCCGCCUCUGCCCCCACUGCCUCCACCGCUGCCCCGGCCCCUGCCCUGCCCGCCACCCCAGCCUCAGCCCCAGCCCGGCCGAGUCCACUCCCACUGCCACCGGAAGAUGCCAUGGACUUCCGGGAGGAGGGGCCCGAGUGCGAGGCCCCAGCCAUAUUUAUCAGCAUGGACGAUGACUCCGGGCUGACCGAGGCCGCACUCCUGGACUCGAGUCUCGAGGGCCCCCUGCCCAAGGUAGGGGACAGUAUGGGGGACCCAUCGCCUGACCCUGAGCAGUCAGAGGGCGCCGGCCUGACCCCCGGGGCUUCCCUCCAGCCCGCCGGCCCGGAGGAGCCGCUGCAGAUGCCGCCCGAGUGGCAGGCGCAGGCGGGGCAGGAGAUUUGGGCACAGCAGCCCCACCUGGGCCAGAUACCCUUGGCCUUCCAGGGCCCCGACGCCCACAUGGGAGAGAUGCUGUACCCGGGCGCCGGGCUGUCCCCGGAGUAUUACGCCGGCGAAAGGCGGUCCGCGGAGCCCAGGACCAGCCUGCUGUUACAGCAGGUGGAGCCGGGCCUCCUCCAGCACUUGGAGAUGACCUACCGGGACCCCCGCUCGGACCUCCUCGGCCAGUUCAACCCCUACCAGCGGGAGGAGCUGCUGCUGGAGGACACGCCGCACGGCCCCUACUUGCCGGAUGACCCUGGUAUCCACUACUCCGAGUUCCACUUCCCCUACAACCUGGAGGUGCCCCAGCCCGAACCGCGAGAGCUGGCCGUACAGAACGCCAAAGCCUACCUCCUGCAGACCAGCGUGCGGUGUGACCUCAGCUUGUAUGAGCACCUAGUGAACCUGCUGACCAAGCUCUUGAACCAGAGACCCCAGGACCCCCUGUCCAUCCUGGAGUCCCUGAACCGCACCACACAGUGGGAGUGGUUCCACCCCAAGCUGGACACCACGCGGGACGAUCCCGAGAAGCAGGCCACCUACGAUAUGGCCGAGAAGCAGAAGGCGCUUUUCCUCCGGAGCAGCGGAGGCACGGAGGGCGAACAGGAGAUGGAGGAGGAGGCGACUGACACUCCGGUGCCCAACAUCAUGGAGAAAGCUUUUUACUUCGAGCAGGCUGGCAUCGGCAUGGGCUCAGACGAGAGCUUCCGCAUCUUCCUGGCCCUGAAGCAGCUGGUGGAGCAGCAGCCCAUCCUCACCUGCCGCUUCUGGGGCAAGAUCCUGGGGAUCAAGCGCAACUACCUGGUGGCCGAGGUGGAGUUCCGUGAAGGCGAGGAGGAGGGCGAGGAGGAGGAGGUGGAGGAGACGCUGGAGAGCGGUGAGGUCCUGGAGCCUCACGGUGAGGAGGAGGGCGAGGAGGACGAGGAGAAGGCGGCCGAGAUCAUCCCCAAGCCCACGUGGAAGCCUCCUCCCGUCAUCCCCAGGGAGGACAGCCGAUCCGGGACCAACAAGUACCUGUACUUCGUGUGCAACGAGCCGGGCCGCCCCUGGUCGCGGCUGCCUCACGUCACCCCGGCCCAGAUCGUGCACGCGCGCAAGAUCAAGAAGUUCUUCACCGGCCACCUGGACACGCCUAUCACCAGCUACCCGCCCUUCCCGGGCAACGAGGCCAACUACCUGCGCGCUCAGAUCGCCCGCAUCUCGGCCGCCACGCACAUCAGCCCCCUGGGCUACUACCAGUUCGGGGAGGAGGAGGGCGACGAGGAGGAGGAGGGCGGCGCAGGGCGAGACUCCUUCGAGGAGAACCCCGACUUCGAGGGCAUCCCGGUGCUGGAGCUGGUUGAUUCGAUGGCCAACUGGGUGCACCACACGCAGCACAUCCUGCCGCAGGUGGCACUGGGUACAGAAAUCGCGCACCUCUCCCCGUGGACGGCCCGGCUCUCCUGCAACCUGUCCCCGCAGUACUCCUUGGCGGUGGUGCGCUCCAAUCUCUGGCCCGGGGCGUACGCCUACGCGAGUGGCAAGAAGUUUGAGAACAUCUACAUCGGCUGGGGCCACAAGUACAGCCCGGAAAACUUCAACCCUGCCCUGCCGGUGCCCGUUCAGCAGGAGUAUCCCAGCGGGCCGGAAAUUAUGGAGAUGAACGACCCCACGGUGGAGGAGGAGCAGGCGCUGAAGGUGGCCCAGGAGCAGGCCCUGGCCGCGGCCGAGGAGGAAGAGGAGGACGAGGAGGAAGACGAGGAUGAGGAAGUAGAUGACUGA